AGUCUUAGUGUACAUAGGAGAAUUCACACUGGAGAGACAGCAUAUAUAUGUAAGGAAUGUGGGAAAGCCUUUGCGAAAGCCUCAAAUCUUAGUGUACAUAGGAGAAUUCACACAGGAGAGAAACCGUAUAAAUGUAAGGAAUGUCUGAAGGCCUUUGCUCAAUCCUCAAGCCUUGGUGUACAUAGGAGAAUUCACACUGGAGAGAAACCGUAUAUAUGUAAGGAAUGUGGGAAGUCCUUUGCUGAAUCCUCAAAGCUUAGUGUACAUAGGAGAAUUCACACUGGAGAAAAACCGUAUAUAUGUAAGGAAUGUGGGAAAGCCUUUGCUGGAGCCUCAAAACUUACUGUACAUAGGAGAAUUCACACUGGAGAGAAACCGUAUAUAUGUAAGGAAUGUGGAAAGGCCUUUGCUACAACCUCAAGCCUUAAUGUACAUAGGAGAAUUCACACUGGAGAGAAACCGUAUAUAUGUAAUGAAUGUGGAAAGGCCUUUGCUUUGGCCUCAAGACUUAGUGUACAUAGGAGAAUUCACACUGGAGAGAAACCGUAUAUAUGUAAGGAAUGUGGGAAGGCCUUUGCUAAAUCCUCAAGCCUUACUAUACAUAGGAGAAUUCACACUGGAGAGAAACCGUAUAUAUGUAAGGAAUGUGGGAAGUCCUUUGCUGAUGCCUCAAGCCUUAGUGUACAUAGGAGAAUUCACACUGGAGAGAAACCGUAUAUAUGUAAGGAAUGUGGGAAGGCCUUUGCUAAAUCCUCAAGCCUUACUAUACAUAGGAGAAUUCACACUGGAGAGAAACCGUAUAUAUGUAAGGAAUGUGGGAAGUCCUUUGCUGAUGCCUCAAGCCUUAGUGUACAUAGGAGAAUUCACACUGGAGAGAAACCGUAUAUAUGUAAGGAAUGUGGGAAGGCCUUUGUGGCUCUGGAGCACUGGUAA